AUCUAUGACAUUUCUAACUAACGAUUAUUUUUUCGUGAUGUUUGCGAUUCGAUAAUGUUUCAUUUUCCCAAAUAACUCACUAUCACAUCUUCAUUCCCCCCAAAAUAAUUAAAAACAUCAAAAUUAAUUGGAGUAAUGCCAUAAUUAGCAUUCUACUAUUGUAGUCAAAUUUUCGGCAUCAGGAGGUAAAAUAAUCUUAUCGAAAUUCAAAAUGUGUUGCAACAGCAAUAAAGUUUCAUGCUGGAAUGAUAUGGAAGAACUGAAACAUUUAAUUUGUGCUAUCGAAUGUUGUCAUUGUCCAAAAAUACCACCACCACCGGUGUGUACGAUGUUAUUGCCACCAAGAAUUGAAGAACUACCCCCUUACAUUCCUCCUCCUGCUCCUUGUUGUCCUCCACCCCCUUGUUGUCCGCCACCCAAGCCAUGUCUUCCUAUAUGUAUCGGUCCUUUCCCUGCUCCUCCUAUAAAAUGUCCACCAUGUCUUCCAAGACCCUGCUGUCCCCCAUGUUGUCCACUACCUUGUUAUCCAGAUCCCAAUUGUUAAAUAUCAUUGAAGUUAAUUGAAAAUUAUAAGAGUACUGUAAGUAGUAACUGUGCGGAUUGAUUGCAACCAAUGUAUCUUGUAAAUAAUUGUUUCACAAUGAUGUUAAACCAGCCACCUUAAGGAGUAUCAACAUGUCCACAUGACACUAGUGUUAUUAAAUUUGUAACGUAUGCACGGAAUAAAAGACGAAGUUAUUUUACACAAGAA